AUGUUUCGCUUACCCAUUUCUAUUAUCACUUUCGGUAUUGUUUGUUGUGCUUUCGCUACAGUUCGUUCACAAUCGAUAGAAGAAGAACUUGGAAAUGGACGAUAUGUGAUCGAGGGUCGAGUUUUUCCACCAGAUGAUAGCGAACUUAAGUCGCCUUGGCAAAUUGACACCAGGAUACAUGUGAAUGGCGGAGAAUACAUCGGUUUUAUAAAAGACGAUGGUUCAUUUACGAUUCACAAUGUACCGUCGGGAUCAUAUGUCGUUGAAAUUAUUAACCCUGACUACAUGUACGAGCCAGUUAGAGUUGAAAUCAACUCUAAAGGAAAGUAUAGGGCUCGUAAAGUGAAUUAUAUACAAACCUCCCAGGUCAUACAAGUUCCUUACCCAUUAAGAAUGAAAGCACUAGCCAAAUUUAGAUAUUUCCAAGUCCGUGAACAAUGGAGGCUCACUGAUUUCCUAUUUAAUCCAAUGAUUAUAAUGAUGGUCCUACCUCUUCUUUUGAUUAUGAUUUUACCUAAAAUGAUGAAUGACCCGGAGACCAAGGAGGAUUUAAAGAAUAUCAGUAAUAUGGCUAAAAUGUCAGAAUUACCGGAAAUGUCUGAGAUGUUCACCUCUUUGUUCAGCGGAGGAGCAACUAAAGCCAAUGCAAAAUCAAAACAAGUUAAGAAGAGGCAGUAA